AUGCCGAACAGUCUCUUUUCAACUCCCAGCAAUCUCUGUCCAGGGCAGCAACAUCCGUCCGCACUGAACAAUCUCAGAUUUCCCAUGCCGAACAGUCUCUGUCCAGGGCAGCAACAUCUGUCACCAAGUCGGAUCAACACUCGUAGUCACCGAAUCAGUGACUACAAGUCCCCAUUCCACUCUGCAGCCUGUUUUGACGGCCGCAAGUUCCGAUUCCAAGUUACAGCAGUCAGUUUUGAGGACCACAAGCGCCGAUUCCAAGUCUCUGCAGUCAGUUUUGACAUCUGGAAGCUCCAAUUCCCAGCUUCAGCGUCUGUUUCGAAGGCAGAACAGCCUAUCACCACGGUCGAGCAGACGAUUACCAAGGUCCAACAGUCUGUUGCGAAUGGGCGGUCAUCUGAAUCUGUCCACACGGAACAAUCUCAAAUUUCCCAAAGCUCCAAUUCCAAUUCUCAGCAACCGUCUUUGACCACUGUCCACUCACAGUCUGUUUUGAAGGCAGAACAGCCUAUCGCCACGGUCGAGCAGACGAUCACCAAGAUUAAACAGUCUGUUGCGAAUGGGCGGUCAUCUGAAUCUGUCCACACGGAACAAUCUCAGAUUUCCCAUACCGAACAGUCUCUUUUCAACUCCCAGCAAUCUCUGUCCGGGGCAGCAACAUCUGUUACAAAGUUUGAUCAAUCUGUUUUAAAUGCCGGGCAGACACUCGUAGUAUCUAAUCCGGUGACCGGAAGUCUCUAUUCCAAGUCUCUGCAGCCUGUUUUGACCGCUGGAAGCUCCGAUUCCAGGAUUCAGCAGUCGGUUUCGACGACUGCAAGCUUGGAUUCCAGGUCUCAGCAAUCGUCUUUGACGACUGUCCACUCGCAGUCUGUUCUGGAGGCCGAGCAGCCUAUCACCAAGUUCGAGCAGUCUGCCUUCAAGGCCGAGCAAUACCUGUCCAAGGCAGAACAAUAUGCGUCCCAGUCAAAGGUUGAGCGGGUUGUUUUAAAGACGCUUGGAAUCGCCACGGCUGAGCUCCUUGCUAUCACCAAGACCAUCCGGACUGCAUCAAUCAGAGGGGAUUUGUCUACCGCUGAAAGGAUCCUCACUCAAGAGAUUGCCACCGACGCCAAGAACUUCGCCUCCUAUGCCAAUCGCUCUUUCAUUCUGGCACGCAAACUCGACUGGGACAAUGCGCUUCAUGAUGCGACCAAGUCCCUUGUCAUAAGGACAUCGUUGGCUGGCUAUAUCGCCAAGGGUAUCGCUCUCUGCGGAAAGCAGCGCCUCGAUGACGCAAGGACAGCCUUUGACUUGGCAUUCACGUUUACACAGGGAAACAUGGAUGCUACUGUCUUUCUUUACUUGAUCAAGGCUAUUGCGCUCUUCAAUGCUAAUAGACACGAAGAGGCAAUGCUGCGUGUGGACCAGCUGGCUGCUGAUCCAUCUGCCGAUCCCAUCGCUUGUGGUAUCGUUGUGGCGAGUCUGCGACUCCAACUAGGAAUCAUUGCCUUCAAUGGCGCGCGUCAUAAUGAGGCGGUUGAGCACUUCAGUGCCGCUGUCGACGCUAGCGCUGUCUUGGCUAAAUCCCUUGUUCCUACUGCCUUGGAGGCCUUCACUGUGCUCUUUGGAUGGGACAUCGCGGCGUUGUGGCCAACCUCCAACAAGAGACUGAUCCGUGCGCUCCUGGGGGCUGGCAGGCUUGGAGAAGCUUUCGAAUCGUACCGUUUCGCGAUGGACGCGAGUGCUGAUAUUACGAAAAUCAACUUACGUUCUUGGGCCUUGAUGCUCAACCUUUUUUUCACUCAGCUCUCUCGUUGUGAUCAAUGGCGUAAAUGCAGACCAAUGAUUAUGCAAUGCUUUUAUGCCAUCGACAGUGCGACUAUUCGUUAUAAGUCCUACGACAAUCCGUGUUGACCUGUACCCUUCU